AAAUAUUCAGUCCUUAUAUUUGUUUAUACUUCCGGUUUGAACUUUUCAAAAAUUGAUUUUUCUUCCUCAUCAUGGUAAAACUAAAUGAAGGACUGGUUCUUGCAAGAUCAAGAGCUGCCGAUCUAGAAAGUGUCAUAAAACUUAACUGCUGGGGUUCAGAACUGACAGAUAUUAGUAUCCUGAAAGAAACACCCAAUGUUGAAGUUGUUAGUCUCAGUGUGAACCACAUUUCCUCACUAGCGGACCUAGCAUCCUGCAAGAAUCUUCAGGAGCUUUACAUAAGAAGAAAUGACAUUAAAAACUUAGCAGAGAUAUGUUAUCUGAAAAAUCUGCCAAAAUUGCGAAUUUUAUGGUUGGCUGAUAAUCCAUGUGCAGUGGGGGAUAGGUACAGAAUGACAGUCUUGAAAACACUACCUAACUUACAGAAAUUUGAUAAUGUGUUGGUCCAACAAGAAGAAAUAAAUGAUGCUAUUGAACAAGGCCAAGAGCUGACACCACCCAAAGGAUGCUCAAGUUCCAGUUCUGCCCCUUCUAGACCCAAAACACCAAAGAAAACUGAAAAAUCAUUUAUAAAACUUGAAGAUGACACUAGUACUUUGUCAUUAGAGGAAACUAAUAAGAUCAGGGAGAAUCUCGGCCUGAAGGCCUUACCAGCUGAGAAAGUGACCCCACAGAAGACACGGCACACUGGGGGUGCUAAAGCUAGGAAUGCAAACAUACUUCAGGCUGUAUUAUCUUUGGUGAAAGAACUUGAUGCAGACAGCCUAGAAACCAUAGGGAAUGCUGUAAAAAACAGACUAGAAUCAUUCUGAUAAUCCUAAUUCUUGAGAAUUCAUAAUAAACUGUGUCAUAAGACAACACAACAAUUAAACACUAUUCAGGACAGUGUUAUCCAGUGAAGGUUGAGGAACAAUGGGCAUUUAAAUCCUCUCAAGAGUGUUGUUUUAUAUGAGCUUGAUUUGGAUUGAAGUGUAAGCCUUUUAUUGAGUGCUUGACAAAGAGUUUUGGGCAUAAGCAGUUUGAUUGGACUGAAUAUUAAUUGAGGUUGUAUUUUAGAUAAAAGGCUUCAUUUCUCCAAUUCAACAAUAAAUUGAUUGAUUAUCCAUACAGCUAAACAAAUGGUGCUUUGGGUUUGAGCAUUAA